AUAAAAUUAUCAUUUUCUCGCUUUCAUUUUACAAUUAUUCGAAUAAUAGUAGUUUAAUAAUUGCCUAAAAUUAAUCGAUUAGUUGUGAAUAUGAAUCAUUUUUUCAUUUUUUUGUUCAUAUCGAGUGGUCACGUGUCCCUAAGCACUCUUACAGAAUUCGAAAUCCAAGAAAAGCAUAAUGACAUUUACAAUCUAUCUUCAUAUUUCAGGUCCAAGUUCAAAUGUGACAAUGGAAAAUACAUCGAAAAAUCUUUUCUUUGUGAUGGAAUAUCCGACUGUAAAGAUAACUCAGACGAAACUCAUCAACAUUGCUCAAACACAAGAUGUGGAGGGCAGUUCUUUCAAUGCGAAUAUGGAGCUUGCAUUAAUAAAGAAUACUUAUGCGAUGGUUUAAAGCAAUGCAACGAUGGAUCAGACGAAUCAGUAAAAAUUUGUAAUAAAACUACUGACGAUCGAACCGAUAAUCAAAGAAGAAGGUCAAGGGCUACCAACAACAUGUGUGCUGUGCCUGCAUCUACUCCAGAUAAAACAAUAAACUAUCGAUGCAAUGGAAAACAAUCAUCAAAAUGUAUUGUGAAUGGAUUUGUUCAAGAAUCAACCGUUGCUUCAGUUGUAUGUAAUCCAGGGUAUUCCACCACUGAUGAAACGUACUUAGAAUCUGGCUGUCUGGACAAAAAAUGGUUACCACCAAUUGCUACAUGCACAAAAAAAUGCGAAAAGCUGACACCAAUCAAUGUUGAUUUACUUUGCAUUCGAAAAGGUAUAGAAAUCUCUUGCGACCUAAAUUCGCUACUUGCUGGUACAGUGAUUCGUCCAACAUGUAAAUAUUUACACACCUACAGCAGCUUUCAACCAGAUUAUAUAGAAAUCAGUUGCAAAAGCGAUGGAAAUUGGGAUAAACCACUUUUUUCAUGCACUCCUCAAUGCGGACGACCAUAUUCCGAAGCUUCUACCUUGAUCACAGGAGGACAAUUGGAACGUUUUGGAGAUUCACCCUGGCAUGUGGCGAUUUAUAAUCAAGAUAAGGAGUUGAUUUGUGGAGGCACCAUUAUCAAUCCUCAAUUAAUUUUAUCAGCUGCUCAUUGUUUUGGUGAAAGUGCUUUAAGUAAAGUGAAUGCUGCCAAAUAUGAGAUAGCUGUAAGCAAAGUAACCAGAAACUAUACGAUAAAAGACAAUCAAAACCAGAAGAUUCAUAAGAUCAAAGAGAUACGUUUUUCUAAAAAAGGUUACAUCGGUUUGAACAAUCAUUACGCAGCCGAUAUAGUAAUUCUGAUUCUUCAACAGCCAGUCACCAUCAGUCCUACAGUUUUACCUGCUUGUAUCGAUUGGGCAACUUUGAAUAAAGGAAUUACUCCUUUAGAAGGCACACCGGGGAAAGUUGUAGGAUGGGGACUCAAUGAAAAUGGUCGUUACAGUGAAAAUCUAUUAACUGUUAAUCUACCUUAUAUAGGUCGUGAACGUUGCCUGAGCACUGUUCCUGAUGAUUUUAAACCGUUCAUUACUCUGGAUAAAUUUUGUGCUGGUACUCAAACUGGUCCUGGCGUUCUCCAAGGAGAUAGUGGCGGAGGUUUGCUGUUCCGGGAGAACGGAUUAUACUACAUCAGAGGAAUCGUCAGCUUGAAACAACCAUCAAUAACUGCCAUUGCCGCAUUUACAGAUCUAGCUGAUCAUAUUCAGUGGGUUCUGUCAUUAGUAAAUGAAGUGAAACAGGGCCUUAUUGAUCAAGAAACAACCCUGCAAACAAAAGCAAACCAAACGGGCAGUGAAACACCCACACCCACACCCACACCAAACACAAAAAAAUCAGAAACUAUUGCUCUUGCAAAUUGUGAAAAAUACUCAAAAUAUGCAACGGAUUGCGUUCAUGUGGUGAUAUCAAAUAAAGGGGCAACAAACGCUUUACCAAAAGAAUAUCCGCACAACGCGUACAUUGGAAUUGAUGUUGAUGGAGAUCCGGAUUGGAGAUACAGUGGUGUGUUGAUCAGCGAAAAAUUCGUUCUGAGUGUGGCUCAUUAUGCAAACGUCUCAAAAGAAGAAUCAAAGUGGGUGUUGUUGGGUGAACUAGACAAAUCGUCAAAAAAUGACGACGCCAAACCAACAGUUUUCAGUAUAGUAAAACAAUACCUUCACCCGGACUUCAAACCAAAUACGGUCUACAAUGACAUAGCACUUUUUCAGUUGAAUGCUUCUGUCGUAAUAAGUCCAUAUAUAAGACCAGCUUGUUUGUACACUUCAACUUUCAACCCAGUAAAUAUCGAAGGCAAAGUUACAGCUUUUGGGGUGACGGUUCAAGGUGAACGAAAUAGUGAUCAUUUACUGAGAACAACAGUUACAAUACUCAAUGAUGAACGCUGUCGAUCAAAGUACAAACUCGAACCGAAUACUCGUAUAGAACGUGGAUAUGAUCCAAAUACCAUGAUAUGUGUUGGGAAUUCAUCCCUGCAAGAGAAUUUAUGUGUGGGUAUCUCAGGAAGUCCAUUGCAGUUUCCUAAAAAAGAUCAGCCAUGUAUGACAACAAUAUAUGGAAUCGCAGCUAUUAGCAAUCCAUUUUGCGAAGGUCCAGAUAUUUAUAUAAAAGUGCCUUAUUAUUUGGAUUGGAUCCAGAGUAUUGUUUGGCCUUGAAAUAGGCUUCAGGAUCAUAACGAAUAUUAUACUCUAAAAAUGUGUGUUACACGGAGAAAAGCUAUCACAUUGAUAAAGGGAGAAGACUGAAAAAUAUUAUUUCAAACAUUUCUAAAUAAAAAGAAUUAAAAUGUCGAA